GGCACGGGUUACGCUCCCUCAUUGUGGUCGGACCUGAAUUGACCAAUGGGAAGAGCUGGUGGACCUGAAUUGGGCUUUGUGCCAAUGGCUGCACGGAGCUUCCCCCAUUGUCUGAAUGUGGGUGUUGGACAAUGAGUUUGUGAACAUGUUCAUUACUGCCCAGCAAAACUGUAAUGAGCAGAUUAACAAGCUCUGAAUGAAGAUUUUGCUUCAUACACACCAACACUUCUUCCUCUGUCCCACUUCUGACAUUAGAAGAAGUGGAUUUGCAGACAGAUUAUCAAAACAAACGUCAUGUAAGAAUCUGACAGUCACCUGAUUCAUUGGGACCUGAAUAUUAUUGGCCUUUGAAUAUAAAAGAAUAAUUUUUUGUCUGCUUUGCCUGCUUCAAAAGAUUUUAAACAUCAGUGUGCCUGGAAAACCACUGAGACGCAGAGACCCUAGUGAAUGUGUUCCAGUGCAUCACACCAUUCAUAGCGGGGAGAGGCAGUACACGUGUUCUGUGUGUGUGGACAAGGCUUCAACUGAUCGUCAAACCUGGAAAGACAGAUGGAAACCAGUACCAUGGAGAAACAGUGGAAAUGUUGGGAUUGUGGAAAGGGAUUCCGGGCCCUGCCUGCAUUGGAAACCCAUCGACGCAUUCACACUGGGGAGAGGCCAUUCAUGUGCUCUGUGUGUGGGAAAGGAUUCAGAUCCCCAUCUGCACUGAAAGUUCAUCGGCGUGGUCACACGGGGGAGAGGCCAUUCACCUGCUCUGAGUGCGGGAAGGGUUUUCUCCAGUCAUCUGAUCUGCGGACACACCAGCGAGUUCACACCAGGGAGAGGCCGUUCACCUGCUCUGAAUGUGGGAAGGGAUUCACUCAGUCAUCCAACUUGCUGACACACCAGCGAGUUCACACCAGGGAGAGGCCAUUCACCUGCUCUGAGUGUGGGAAGGGUUUUCUCCAGUCAUCCGACCUGUGGAAUCACCAACUAGUUCACUCCGGGGAAAGGCCAUUCACCUGCUCUGAAUGUGGGAAGGGAUUCACGCAAUCAUCCAGCCUGCGGACACACCAGCGAGUUCACACCAAGGAGAUGCCAUUCACCUGCUCUGAUUGUGGGAAGGGAUUCACUCAGUCAUCCAACCUACUGACACAUCAACGAGUUCACACUGGAGAAAGGCCAUUCACCUGCUCCGAGUGUGGGAAGGGAUUCACUCAGUCAUCCAACCUGCUGACACACCAACGAGUUCACACUGGAGAAAGGCCAUUCACCUGCUCUGAGUGUGGGAAGGGAUUCACUCAGUCAUCCAACCUGCUGACACACCAACGAGUUCACAACUGAUUUCAAGUCUUGGAUCCUGCUAUUAUUGCUGCUGAUCAAAUUCAGGACUUAGCCAUGUUCAUUCUGACACUUGGUGAAGUGGGAGAGUCAGAGGGUUUAAUCCUGCUAGACUGCCUUUGCUUCCAGUGGGCUGCUGGGGCUCUUUGAGCCUGGAAGUGCACAUUUCCACUGAAAUGGUCUGCAAAAACUGAAGAAGUAGAUUUAUUUUAUUAUCCUGGAUAGUAAAUAGUGUUUUUCCUACCAUUACAGGUAGAUCUAAAAUAAAUACAUUUGUCUCUGUUCCACAGCACAGGGCCAGAUCAGUGGGCUCAAUUGGUCUGUGUCAGUAUUUAUGUUCCUCAUGAGUGUCUACCCACCCCUCUUCAUCUGCCCCCAUCAGCAUAUCAUUCUACUCCUUUCCCCCUCAUGUAUGUUUGUAACCUGGCUUAGAUUUUAUAUUUUAUUUGAGUUGAAUACAUGUGACCUGCAAAGGACUAACAUGGUCAAGACACCAUUUUAUUCUGACAUGUGAACAGAAAAUAAGCCAUUUUGAUGUUGCUAACCUGUUAACAAACUAAUCCAAUCUAGUACUGGGAGGUAGUCACCGACGAGCAACAGAUGAUUUUAUUAGAAGAAAGUACCUGAAUUACUGUCUGCCGAUCUGACAGAGUCACUCAAUUCAUCAGGACCCAUAUAUCAUCAGCCUUUAAAAGUGGAAGAAGAAAUGUUUGUCUGUUCUGUCUGUAGGAAAAGAUUUCAAACAUCAUUGUAACUAGAAAAGCACUGGGACAUACACACCCAAGUGAGAGAGUUCCAGUGUACUGACUGUGGAAAGAGCUUUAACCCAUUACACAGCCUGAAAAAACAUCAGUGUUCACAGCGGGAAGAAACUGUACAUGCGUUCUGUGUGUGAACGAGGUUUCAACUGAUCAUCCAGCCUGGAGUGACAUAUGGACACCUGCGCUGUGGAGAAACCGUUGAAAUAUGGGGACAGUGGGAAGUUAUUCAGAUCCAUGUCUGUGCUGGAAAUUCAUCUGCACAGUCACCAUAGGGAGAAACCACUCACCCGCUCUGUGUGUGGGAGAAGAUUCAUUCGACUAGUCAACUUCAUUUCACACCAAUGUGUCCACUCUGUCAUGAGACCCUUUAAAUGUUCCGACUGUCAGAAGAGCUUUAAAAGAAAACAAAAUCUGCUGAUGCACCAGCGAGUUCACACAGGGGAGAGACCGUACACCUGUCCUGUGUGUAGGAUGGCAUUCACUCAGUAAUGCAGUCUGUUAGAUCACUAGUGAGUUUACAAUGGGGAGAGACCAUUCACCUGCUGUGUGUGUGAGAAGUGAUUUACUCAGCCUUUCCUCCAGCUGACACACCAGUGCACUCACACUGGAGCGAGGCUGUUCAUUUGCUCCAUGUGUGGGAAGGGAUUCUCUUGUUUGUUCACCCUGCACACACACCAGUGCAUUCAAAAGUGACUGCAGGCAUUGGAUUCUGCUGUUCUUGCUGUGUUAAUCACCUCCAGGACUGAACCAUUUUCAUUCUGACAGUUGGAGUUUGUUUCAGUUAAUGUUAAUAAUCCCUGUAACUGGGCUGAGGCUUAAUAUUCUGGAUUUAGGUUAAAUAAAUCAGCUUUGUGUCUAACACACAGUGUGCAAGUCCUUGAUUUCUCUCAGAUAAGAGGAGACUGAUUGAUCUCCUGUUACUGAUAAAACUCAUGGUGUGGGGAUAACAUAGCGUAGAUAGAAGAUUGGCUGACUAGCAGAAAACAGAGAGUAUGCAUAAAUGGGCCUUUGUCUGAUUGAAAUGAUGUGACUAGUGAGGUCCUGCAGGGUGUCUCAACAUUUUACAAUUUACAUGAAUGACUUAGAUGAGGGAGCAAAGGUACGAUAACUAAAUUUGCAGGUGACAUAAAGAUGGGUAGGAAAGUAUGUUGUGAAGAAGAGAAAAGGAGUUUGCUGACGAAUGUAGAUAAAUUGAGUGAGUAGGCAAAAGUCUGGCAGAUGGAAUAUAAUGUGGGAAAUUGUGAAGUUGUUCACCUUGGCAUGAAGAAUAAAAAAGCAGAGUAUUACUUAAACAGAGAAUAGCUGCAGGAUUCCGAGCUGCAGAGGGAUCUAGGUGUUCUGGUGCAUGAAUCACAAAAAGCUAGUAUGCAAGUACAGCAAGUAUUCAAGAUGGCUAAUGCAAUGCUAACAUUAUUACGAGAAGAAUUGAAGUUAAAAAUAGGGAUGUUAUGCUUCAGUUAUACAGGCCAUUGGUGAGACCGCCUUUCGAAUAUUGUCUGCAGUUUUGGUCUCCUUAUUUAAAUGUAAAUGCAUUGGAGGUGGUUCAGAGCAGGUUUACAUGAUUGGUACCUGGAAUGAGUGGGUUGUCUUAUGAGGAAACAUUGGACAAACUGGGCUUGUUUCCACUGGAGUUUAGAAGAGUGAGGGGCGACUUGAUUGAAGUAUAUAAUACCCUGAAUCAUCUUGACAAGGUGCAUGUGCAAAGGAUAUUUCCUCUUGUGGGUGAGUCCAGAACUAGGUGACACUGCUUUAAAAUUAGUAAUCACCCUUAUAGGGCAAAGGUGAGGAGAAAUUUUUAUUCUGAGAGUUGUGCAACUUUGGAACUCUACCUCAGAGGAGGUGGAGGUGGGGUCACUGAAUAUUUUUAAAGUG